AUGGAUGAUCCCGGCGACGAGUUAAUCGAAGUAAUUUCUAUACUUCGUGAAGAGCCAUCGAAGAUAAGAUUUAUCGCAUUAUAUGAUAAGGAAGGUUUGGGGAAUACAUUCCUAGCCAGAAAGGCUUAUAGUGAUCCAUCAGUUGUGGAGCAUUUUGACAUCCGUGCUUGGGCCACAGUAUCUGGAAAAUAUCAUCUGCCGAAAGUGAUUCGAGACCUUCUGCGUUCCAUGAAUGUCGAGAGUUCUUCAAAUAGCGAGAAUGAACUGAUUCAGACUUUAUUUGGAAAACUGAAGGGGAUGAGGUAUCUUAUUGUGCUUGAUGAUGUUAAGGAUUUCAAUUUUAUUGAUUUUCAUAAGCUAAGAUAUCAGAUGUUUCCCAACGAAAACAAUGGAAGUCGAAUAAUCGUAACCACGACAUCUUUUAUGUUUCUUAAAUUCUCAGACUGUUUUGUUUGGGUUGGUUUUAUGUAUGAGUAUGAGGAUUGUGCUUGGAAUCUGGGCUAA